UUGUGUUGGCUACACUGUUAUACAUCUUGUCAAUUCUUAGUUCCCGUUUCCUUCUGAUAACAAACUAUGUUUACGUAAUUUUCAAGUCGGUUCAAAUACAAAUCAAAACACAUUUUGUACAUAUAUAAUAGUUUGCGCAGUAGUUUGAGCAAUGGAUGGGUAUUUAACGUGCAAUUUCAAGAGAUGUAAUAGGCCACUGUCAACAUCAGCAUGGAUAGCAAGUUGUUUUCAUAUCUUCUGUGAUGAACACUCACCCGCUUUAGAGACAAACAAAAGAUGCCCACUGUGUUUUUCUGAUCUUGGAGGUGAACAUGAUUUAAUUAAGAAACAUUUAAACCCCCUGAAGAGUAUAAAGCAAUGGUAUUGGCUGGGUUCAAUCCAAAGAAUAUUUUAGAAAUCGGCUCAAGAGCAAUAAGCUUUUGGAAAUUCCAGAAGUUCCAAGAGAGAAUGAUUCUGGGAUCAACCGUGAGGAACUUGGAAGGCCGACUGGCGCAGUCAGAGACAUCAUAUGAAGCCAUAAUUAAGCAACUCAAGGUUUACAUCCAGAAAGAGACCCAAAGGACUGAGAGGCUGCAAAAAGAGAUGGAAUUGUACAGCAGAAGAAUACAAGAUCUUGAGGAAAAAAAUAAAAACAAAAAUAAGCAAAUUUUUAAUCUUCAUGUACAAGUUGAAGAGCUGCGUAAACAACAUAAUUUACAAGGUGUAUUGGACAAUAGCGUCCGUGUUAACAAUGUAGAACGCAACUGUCGGCCUACUGAAGGCAGGGUUGCGAGAUCUCCUAACUUCCUAGACCGCAGGGGCAACCAUGAACAUGUGGAUCAAAUGUUCUGUUCUCAGCAGUUUCCAACUGCUCCUAGGCCUGUACUCACUUUCCAUCCUUCUGGCCAGCUUGUGUUCAAAUCUCCCAACUGUUAGAAAAUACUGAUAAUCUUAUAUAAAUGUUGUAAUCUUUGUGUAUAUCCUUGUUAAAAGAUUUAAACAUUCUCAUUCAAAUGUACUAUAGUUAUUAAAAUUUAUUACAUACAGGUAUUAGUACUGUACUAGAUUCAAUACUGUAAGGUAUUUUGAUAAUCUUAUAUAAAUGCUGUAAUCUUUGUAUAUAUCCUUGUUAAAAGAUUUAAACAUUCUCAUUAAAAUGUACUAUAGUUAUUAAAAUUUAUUACAUACAGGUAUUAGUACUGUACUAGAUUCAAUACUGUAAGGUAUUUUGUUAAGCUUUCAAUAAACUAAUGCUACAACUGAA